AUGCGACCUCAAUCCUUUAUUUUGCAGGCACUAUGCCUAGUGCUUUGCUAUUUCCAAAUAGCAUCAGCCCUUCCUGGUCUCAAUUAUCAACGAGUUGAAAAACUCGAAGCUGCUCCCCACGGAUGGUCCAAGCAGAGCAAGCCUCGACCUACACAGCUCAUCCAGUUUCGUCUUGCAAUCACCCAAAACAACACCGCAAGCUUUGAGCAGAAGGUGAUUGAUCUUUCCACUCCAGGUCACCCCAGCUAUGGCCAGCACAUGAAGCGAGAUGAAGUGAAAAAGCAGCUUCGCCCAUCCCCUGCCAUCAUGAAGCAGAUUCUGGCUUGGCUCCGAACCGAACAUGUCCCAGCCAACAGCAUUGUUCCAGAUGGUGACUGGGUCUUGUUCACUGUGCCAAUCUCUCAAGCCGAACAAAUGCUAAAGACCCAGUUCCACUACUACCAUAACGAGGCCCAGAAAUCCACUGCCAUCAGAACCCUCGAGUAUUCUGUGCCCAGUGGUCUGCGUCCACACAUCCAGCUCAUUCAACCCACAACCCGGUUUGGCACUUUUGACCCGCACAAAAGCACGAUCAUCAAGCCUGAUCAGGCACCCGUGAGCUCGGAGCAGCUGGAUGCUGGAUGCGGCACGUAUAUCACACCAGCUUGUCUGAAGAAUCUGUACGGUAUUGGCAAUGAAACCACCACACCCGAUCCGCGCAACCGACUGGGAAUAUCUGGCUAUCUGGAACAAUAUGCCCGCCAUGGGGAUUUGGAUGUGUUCCUGGCCCGUUACGCACCAGACCAGGUGAACGAGAAUUUCACCGUCGUUUCAAUCAAUGGCGGGAAGAAUGAUCAGAAUUCUGGUCUCGACAGCGUUGAAGCCAGUCUGGACAUACAAUACUCUAUUGCGAUGACAGAUCAAGUCCUCACGACAUUCUACACCACUGGUGGACGCGGUCCUCUUGUCCCUGAGAUUGGCACUCCGGCGAACCUCUCGGAAGCCGAUAUCACCAACGAACCUUACCUUGAGCAACUCCAUUACCUUCUCAGCCUGUCCGACGAAGAUCUACCUGCAGUUCUCUCAAACUCGUACGGAGAAAACGAGCAGAGUCUCCCAGCCUCUUACUUGAAUUCCACUUGCAGUCUCUUUGCACAGCUUGCAGCACGAGGAGUGUCGAUUCUUUUCAGCAGUGGAGAUGCUGGCGUGGGAGGCUCUUGUUUGAUGAAUGACGGAACAAAUAGAACCAGGUUCCUUCCAGAAUAUCCGAGUACUUGUCCAUUUGUCACUUCCGUGGGAGGCACACACGGUGUCAGUCCCGAGCACGCCACCUCUUUCUCUGGAGGUGGAUUCUCGGAGGUAUUCCCACGUCCCUCAUACCAAGACCAGGCUGUGCAAGGCUAUCUCAACAUUUUAGGCAAUAAGUGGGAAGGGCUUUACAAUCCUAAUGGCAGGGGCCUCCCGGAUGUUUCAGCACAGGCACAGAGCUUUGUUGUUCGCGACCAUGAUCAAUGGAUCCCAGUGAGUGGUACAAGUGCCUCGGCUCCAGUGUUGGCGGGUAUUAUCUCUCGGUUGAAUUCUGUUCGUCUUGCGCAAGGUAAACCGCGAAUGGGCUUCCUCAACCCUUGGCUAUAUGGCGGUGGACUGCGAGGAUUUACAGACAUCGUUCAUGGUGGAUCCUCGGGCUGCCACGGCUGGUCUGGCGUUCCUACCCCAAUGGUCCCUGGUGCUAGCUGGAAUGCCACCGAAGGAUGGGACCCAGUGACCGGGCUAGGUACACCUGCUUUCCAGGAGAUCUUGAAGCUGGCAUUGUGA